UCAAGCACAAAUAUUUGUGUGUUUCAAAAACAGUGGAUUGAAAGUUUUUUACACAAAAUAAUAUCUAUUGCUUUGUCAUUUACAGAUUAUCUACCACACAAAAAUGCGUCUUCUAUAGAUAUUUAAAUAAUUUAAAGACCGUUCAACUCCACCUCAAACCAGAAGAGACACAUGAACCAUUUGCGAAAUGAAGCAGUAAAGUGUUUCAAAUGUCACGAGUCACGUGGUUUCCAGGGGAACGAACCAAGCAGGUUUGUUUCCUCUCUCUAGCAGCCGAAUGAGUUUAAUACAUGCUCGUGAGAAAUAAAGCUUCGUUGUUUCGUGUGACAUCUUCAUGUUUUAACCUUAUUUAAACGGUGCUUUAAGUGAACUGUUUCACUUAGCUUAGCAGUAGUUAUUUUCGGGACACAAAGUUAUGACGCCAACUGAGAAACCAAAGCACUGUAGUGACGAAGAUGUCCUCAAAGAACUGUGCAUGGCCAAUGAAUUAUCCUUUGACAAACUUGCACAAGAAGGGGAAAGCAUUACCUCUCUGGAGAUUUUCUUCUCUGGUUACCCUCGUAUGGUUGGGCUAUACUUCUUCCCAAGGCUCAAACAACUUACCAUUGUAGCCCAGAAUGUCCACCGCAUUGGAGGUCUCGAGUGUUGUCCUUUGCUAAAGGAGCUCUGGGUAGUCGAGUGCCAUCUAACUGAAAUAUGUGGACUUCAGAAUUGUCUUCAACUAGAAAAAAUUUACCUUUAUGGUAAUCAAAUCAGCGAAAUACAGAAUUUGGAGCUUCAGAUCAACGUACAAGUCCUCUGGCUCAAUAACAACAACAUAAGUGAAAUUCAGGGCUUAAAAAAUCUUCACAACCUCAAAGAACUAAAUCUCGCUGACAACAAUAUUGAAAAGAUUGGAUCUAGCCUUGAAUUUAAUAUCGGCCUUCAAGCUCUCUUUCUGUAUGGAAACAAAAUCACCUCCUUUAAGGAACUGAUCCAUCUUGCUCAUCUGCCUCAUCUGAGAGAACUGGGGUUGAACGACCGGAUGUCAACCCCGAACCCAGUGUGUCUGCUGUGUAACUAUGCCACACAUGUUCUGUAUCACAUGCCUGGCCUUCAGCGACUUGACAGCUAUGAUGUCUCAAACGAGCAAGUCAAAGAUGCAGCUGAGUCCACAGUAAAGAAGAAGUUGAUGUAUUACAACAUGCGUACACGAACUGGUCUGCGGAACCUGGAAGAGACCCGGGUUUCUCUGAUAGAUCAGAAGAAAACUCUGUUGCAGUUACCAAAGGAAUGCAUCAGGAAACUCAGCUACACCCUGAAAAACCUGGAGCAGGCACAAUGUCAGGUUCUGGCUAAAACUAAGAUACAUUCCAGCAAUUUGGAGGAUGGAUCACCCUCUGUGACUGAAGGUUCAGUUAGCAGGAGAGAUUCAACCACUGAUACAGGUCAUGACCCAAACAUGGAGCUCCAAAUGCUCAGCAAGAUGGAAGCACUAAGGGAGAGACUCAAGCUUUGGACAAGGAGAAUGGAUGAAAUUGAGGCUCAGUACAAGAAAGAUUUGUCCCAGGCUGCAGACAGCAUGGCAGCUAAAGUGCAGUUUUUGCUGAUGGAACUAGAAAGUGUUGGAAACAUUCGUUUGGAAGAGGCCUGUGUCGCCGAUCCUUGGUUUGCUCACUGUUCCAAUCUCCUACUUUCCCGCUUCUCUCAUUUGGAUUAUACAGUUCCUGGCAUCACUGGUGUUAAAAUCAGAAGAGUUAUUCGCAUCCACAACCAUGCUUUGAGGCUUUGCUUUGAAGACCAACUUAAUAGUCUUUUAGCCAGCAAAGAGGCCAAUAUAUGUUUACUGAAUUAUAGACGUCGAUUGGAGUACCUGUUCUAUGUAACUGACCCUGAAAGAAGCAGUGAGAGGGAUGACAUUGUAUGCAUAGUACAAGAAGGGUUUCAAACUGCAGAACAGUAUAAGGCAUUGGGAAGAGCAAAUGCUGUACCCCUAUCCAACAGCCUGAGUGUGGCUGAACAGCUUCGGGUUGAGUUUGCACUACGCCAUGCCAGUCCAGAUGAUCCUCGACAUCGUACGGGUCAGAUCCCUUUCAGACACAGUGAAGUUAUUAUUUCCAAAGUAUUUGUGGGCCAUAGUGUUCCCAUCCAAGAGGGAGAAUCAAUAGACAGAAGCAGCUAUCCCAAAGCUCACUCUGUGUAUCGCAAUGUGGACACAAAGAACGGGACAGCAGCAGGCAAAGAUAUGACAUGUACCAUACGGCAUGGAGUGAUUCGUUUUUUCACCCAAUAUUUGUCAUAUCUAUGUUUAUUUUUCCACUCAGAGGGAUCCAAAGCUUCCAAAACACACCACAAUCCAGAGGGCAGUCCCCGACCACGGCAGUGGUUUGUGUUUGACCACAAACUAGUGUUACCGGAGUAUGUCGUAUAUUUUGAGUAUAUCACUGAGGACCAAGAGGAAACGGAGCUGUCUCAUUUUGGCAAUGGCAAAGAUGGAAAUCCUUCUCAUGAGCUCAUAGUGGACAAUAAAGUCCUCAACAUGGAGCCUGCUCUCGAACCACAGCCCACGCUGCUGCGCUUGGAGGAGAAAAUUCUGCUUAAAUUAGCCAGAGUAAAUGAACUCAGUCAGAUCACAGUGCUAAAUCUCCACGCCAACAAUCUACACAAGCUGCAAGAAAUUUCCCGUCUCACAGCGCUGCAGCAUCUUACCAUCAGCUUCAAUGACUUCACACAUCUAGAUGACAUUUCUGACAUGCCAAAUCUUGAAUUUUUGGAUGUUAGCUACAACCACCUUGUGUCCCUAAAUGGGCUGAAGCACUUGGGACAACUCAAACAGGUUGAUGUCAGCUGGAACAAGUUGACCAAAACCAGAGAGGAGGCGGCUGUUCUGAGGAAACACACUCCUGCCUUGGUGAAACUUGACACUCGGUACAAUCCAUGGAAAAAGCCAGAUAUGGUAAGAAGGACCUUCCUGGGGUAUCUCAGUACCCUCACGCACCUUGAUGAUGUGCUGGUAACAGACGAGGAGGUCGCUAGUGCUGCUCGGAUUUCUGCUACAUCCAAAAUUGACCAGGUAUUUCUUCUGGCUCACUCAUCUACCAACAGCGAGCAUCCACGUGCUCUCAAUCUGCUUUCAACAGCCCAGCAACUAUGUCAAGUUAGUCCAGCAUCAAGGAGCCUCACCCAAGACCUGGAUCCAGCUUGGACUGCACAGAUCACUGCCCUGAACCUUGAUGGCCAGGGAAUUCCUAACCUGACCUUUCUGGAUAAGAUGGUCAAUCUGCGCUGGGCUUCCUUUAAUGAUAAUGACAUCUGUAAAAUGGAAGGACUUGAUAGCUGCCUAAAGCUGGAGGAGCUCUCCCUCAAUAACAACAGCAUCAGCUCACUCAAAGGCCUAUCGCAGUUGCAUUCCCUUCAUAAACUGAAUGUGGAUGGGAAUCAGCUGUCUUGUCUGGAUGCCUCAGUCCUGGAUCAGCUGCCCAACCUCCACUUUUUAUCAGUAGAAAACAACCGUAUCAGUUCCCUGCAUGGUAUCCACAGGGCCCGUUCCCUUAUUGAGCUCUAUAUUGGCAAUAAUCACAUUUCCACACCACGAGAUAUCUACCAUUUAAAGAUAUUGACAAACCUUAUCAUUUUGGAUCUUUACGGGAAUCCUUUGGAGAAAGUAGAAAAUUAUCGGAUGUAUGUAGUGUUCCACCUUCCUUCUCUGAAAGCACUGGAUGGACUUGCAGUGGAAGUAACAGAGUGUGAAAAUGCAAAGGACAUAUUUGUUGGAAGGCUAAAUGCAGACAUGGUAAUAGACAAGCUUGGACAUUUAAACAUCACAGACAUCAAUUCCCUCACCCUGCAGUUCUGCUCCAUUAGCAUGGUUGAUCUGGCUCCACCACACUUGUUCUCUCACCUGCACAGUGUCAAUUUGGAACACAAUAAACUCACCUCCUUCUCAGGCCUCGUCUGUCUGCCCAACAUCCAGGCUCUUUAUUUGAACUAUAACCACAUUGAGUCCAUUCUGCCCAGGCUGAAUUCUCAGACUCAUCUGACAAAGAGACAGAUGCUGCACAAUAAAGUCCGCUCCAGUGGAUACGGACAGCAAAGACGGCUCAAAGGCCUCAGGGACCCUGGACCUGCUGGCAGCUUAGAGCCAUUGAUGGGCAGCCUUGAGGUGCUGCAUUUGAGUCACAAUGGAAUUUCCAACUUGGCCAAUCUGGAGCUCAGCAGGCUCACCAAUCUUAAAUCACUCUUCCUUCAAGGUAAUGAGAUCAGGGAUGUGGAGGGUUUGGAAGGGCUUUACCACCUUGAAAAGCUUGUUCUCGACAAGAACCGGAUCAAAUGCUUGACUGCAAACUCUCUAAUAGCCCAGACAGCCCUGCUGGAACUGCAUCUAGCUGGAAACAGGAUCCAGGAACUGAAUCACCUCGAUGCUCUGACUAAACUGUGCAAGAUUUUUCUUUGCACAAACAAACUACAGAACAUCACAGAGCUUGAAAAACUAGACGUUCUUCCAUCACUGACUGAGCUCUCUGUUGUUGGUAAUCCUGUAGCCCAGCAGUCUGUCCACAGGCUAGCUGUCUUGCACCGUCUGUCCAGGUUGCAGGUCCUGGAUGGAGAGAUGAUCACUGAGGAGGAACGGGCAAGGGCUGAACUCCUCCUUUGUGGAGAAGAAUCAGUGUUUUUCUGAAGCAUUUGUGAAGAUUUUCAAGCAUUUCAAAGCAGCCAUUUUCUGAAUCAGUAGAUUCAUGAAUCAUCUGGUACAGUUUAUUUUACUUUACAUUAUUUGUAAAGAAUUGUUUACUUUUAUUGUAUCUAGUGUUUCCAAACAUAAUAAUUUUCUGACUCAUCUGUUUAGUUUCUCAAGCAUUUCAAAACAGUCAUUAUUUUUUGAAUCAGUAGGUUCAUUUAGCACUCUAAGCUGUUUCAAACAGUCAUUUUCUGAUACAGUUUUUCCAUUUUGUGUUUUGCAGCAUUUAAAAACUGAAUUAUUUCUCAAGAAUGUUUACUUGUAGUGUUCUAAGUGUUUACAAACAAUGAGUAAUGUUCUGGAGAAUUUGCUUAGAUUUUCAAGCAGACGUAAUCAUUUUCUGAGUCAGUAGGUUCAUUGAGUACUUUAAGUUGUUUGAAACUGAAUCAUUUUCUGAUACAAUUGUUCCAUUUUGUGUUUAACAUUAUUUGUAAAGAAUUAUUUGCUUUUAUUGUUUCUAGUGUUUCCAAACAGGGAAUCAUUUUCUGAAGCAACUGCAUUUAGUUUUUCCAGCAUUUCAAAACAGUCAUUAUUUUCUGAAUCAGUAGGUUCAUUUAGUACUCCAAGCUGUUUCAGUCAUUUUCUUAUGCAGUUGUUCCAUUUUGUGUUUUGCAGCAUUUAAAAAGUGGAUUAUUUCUCAAGAAAUUUUUACUUGUAGUGUUGUGGGUGUUCACAAACAGUGAGUAAUUUUUUGGAGAAUUUGCUUAGAUUUUCAAGCAGAAGUAAUCAUUUUCUGAAUCAGUAGGUUCAUUUAGCACUUCAGGCUGCUGGAAACUGAAUCAUUUUCUUGAGAAAUUUGUUUUACAGUAUUUUUGUGUUUUUCAGCAUUUACAAACAUUGAGUAAUUUUCUGGAGAAUUUGCAUAGAUUUUCAAGCAGAAAUAAUCAUUUUCCAAAUCAAUAGGUUCAUUUAUCACUUCAGGCUGCUGGAAACAGAAUAAUUUUCUUGAUAAAUUUGUUUGAUUUUUGUGUUUUUGAGUGUUUCAAAACAGCAUUUUUCAAAUGGAAUUUUUACUUUUAGUGUUUUGCACAUUUCCAAAGAAUAAUUUUCUGAAGCAUUGGUUUAGUUUUUCAAGCAUCUCAAAAGUAAUCAUUUUCUGAAUCAUUUUUAUUUGUAUGAAGUAUCAAAAAACUUUGCUGAAAAUUAAAUGUUCUCUCCACAUUCAUCUGCUGUUGACAACCUCAUGGUCAAAAUACAAAUUUAAAAUGUGCAUAAUAUGUCUCAAGUCCACUUUCCUCAGUUUGAAAACAAUCUUGCCUUAUUGUUUUGUUUUUUGUUUUUUUGUUUUUUUGUUUUAGAAUACUGUCACAGAGUCACUGUUGUUCCAUCAAUUAUUGCAACGUGUUACCUGCCAAGCUCCCGGAGUAAAGAUUAAAUACAGAAACAGGGAAAAUACAGAUGGAAGAAUAGAGAGGGAAAGAUGAUUUGAAUGAAAAUAAAAAUGUUUUUAUUUUUUGUUGACAUUCUAGUGAGAGAAACACAGAAACAUUAAAUCUCUACUGUUCUUUUCUUGAUUUCAGCGUGGUUUAUUAUUUACUUUUUACACACAAAGUACAAUGCUUAGUUGGAAUGACAAAAACAAAAUGAUGCAGUAGAAAAAUAUUUAUUACAGCAGGAAUUAAUUUUCAAAUUUGGUACAAAGGGCUGUUUGGUAUAAGUUGUUUUUGUUUUGUGAUAUUUGCAUUUAGUCAUUAAGUCUCGAUAUAGGUUGCAUCAUACAUGGAACAAUAGCGUUAUUGUGUUGUAGUGCAAUCGGGGGAUUACAGCGUGCAGUACAUGGUGUUAAGGUUUAUUUUAUCCUACAAUGGGAAGAAAUUGUUUUUUCAAGAUGACAAGGAAACAGCCUCCUGCUUAUCCGUCACAGCAAAGAAUACCAAUAAUUUAAUCUCUUUUGCACCAGAUUAUUAUCUCUUUAUGAUGAUAUCGUGGCCUUUUUACUGCAUCACAUUGUAAUCCUUCUUUCACCAAUUCAAAGGAAAUAAACUGAAGAGUCUUGACCACAGUCACUUUCAUUAUAAUGAAAAGUACUUGUAGGAUUCGUUCUUUUUCUAGUAUUAAUAUGAGUUUGGAAUUUAAUAUUCAUAAUCCUACUUGUCAGUACUGAGGUCAGGUAAGCACAUUAGCUUUAGGAUUUAAAGAAACUGGCAAGUGC